AUGGUGGGCUUUGCCUUGGCAAUGACGGUAAUCUUCGGUACAAUGGUGGAGGGAUUCAGCAGCCCCAUUGCAACCAUGGGCUCUCUGCUGUACUGGGUUUGUGGUUGGGCAGACCUAGAUCCGCUCUUGCAGGCAAGUCCAAUCCUUGCGAUCCUCUUCUUCGUGGCUUUCAUCGUCAUUUUCCGAUUCAUCAGCACGAACAUGUUCCUAGCCACCCAGCUCAACACUUUCGCGGACUUGGUGGGCGAGAGUGACAUUCUGGCAGCAAAGCGUGCUGCCAGCGCCAAAACGGGAAUCAAGGAGGUGAGGUACGGCAGCAAGAAGGAGCUCCAG